GGAUUAUAAUUAUGCCACGAACUGCAAGAUCUACAAUCGCAACGUUCAUGAACGAUGAGUCUGUUGAUGCUGAAUCUUGUACCGUAGCAAAUAACAGCGACAAUUCUGAUGGAAAAGAAGACUGUGUCAUUUCAAAGGCUCUGGACGUUGCCAAAGGUAUAUCAGCUGCGUCGGAAAAUGAGGAGAAAAUGAUUCUGCUGGGCAAACUCCGGCGCCUCAUUGACAUGACCCAAUGUGAAACUACACCAUUGGACAACUUAAAUUACCAAGGAGGACACGGCCUGCUGGAGUCUGUCAAGAAUCCAUUCCUGAAAGGAGAGCCCGCUCUACUGGUCAAUUUCAUUGAUGCCCUAGGCUUGCUGUUGGAAUCCAGUCUGAAAUCCGGUGUACAAGAUUCUCUUGCGCUGCUGAAUGUCCUCUUGAGAGUUACGAGUAGUGACUAUGGACAGAGGGUUGUGGCUAGCAACAAAAGAAUUAUGACCUGGCUAUUCCUUAAGCUCAACCCUGAAGACCCGACCAUGCUCAACAACAGAGAGAGCGAAAUCAUGGACAUUAUUCUAAGCCUCCUGAAGAGAUGCUCAAGGGUUUACCGAGUUCAAAUUUAUGAAGGUUGGCUUAGAGAGGUAGUUGAUUGGAUGAAGGCCCAGCUUGUCCAAGAUGCUGAAUUCAAAGACCGUCAGUCCAAAAUCGUGCUCGAAAUUUUGCUUAAUAUCUGCAGUAGUAACAGAGGCAGGCUUCCUCUCAUUGAGCAAAGUGGGCUGAAACAACUCAUUUCGCAAAUAAGCAAACUGAUGUCCAACAAAACUGAUGACAUUCAAAUUUUUACGGCUAGGCUGCAAUUGCUGCUCACCCCAUACGACUUAGGCAUUGACGAUGGAACGCUGGUGCCAUUGAGCAUUGUCCGAAUCAUUGGAAUCCUGCAGCGGACGAUGGAAAACCAGAGCCAGACUGCCCUGCUGGUCAGUUGCUUGGAAUACUUGAAUGACAUUGUCAACUUUUCCCCGUGCACGGUGCAGUUGCAUGAGCGGAACUGGUUGCUUUUGAUUGAGGAGUUUUUGAGCUUCUCCAAUGAGGAAAAAAAGACAUGGUACAACAAUCUGGCUGAGCCUCUAUUGAGUCUGCUCCUCUCCUUGCAUUGUGAUGAAGUCAAGCUGUCAAUCAGUGACAGCACUUCUGACGUUAUCAACAACUGCGCCUCUGAAUUCUGCCUGAUCAUUCUCAGCGAUGUUUUGGGUGCUUGUGAUGUGCAUAAUUCAGCAAUCAUUUCCAUCAAGAGCAAAGUAUUUUUACUGCUCGCCAAAAGUUUGGCAUCUGUGGAGAUUUGGUCAAGAGUCUCCUCGAUGCGAGAGCCAAAUACAGUUUCUAAACUACUGAUCAGAAUCUUAGAAACUCUAAUCUCAGAAAGAGUCGACGUAGGAGAUAUUGAUCUGCCAUACUCUAUAUCAGCAGCAAAGCUUCUGACGCGUGUUGCCUCACUAGAUCAAACGUUCAGCCAAACCCUGAAUGAUACUCUGAUGGACAGCCUUCUCUUUGAUGGUACUGGCAGUAUGAGCAAUGAUCAGGUGUUAGCCUGCGUUAUCUUGGCAACCCACCUAGCCGACUCUUUCCCUGAAACCUGGUUGAGUAAAAGCCAAGAGUUUUUUGAGCGAGAUGAUGUGUGCAAGCAGAUCGUCAACGCGCUCAGAUUUGCCUCUCAUGAUUUGGUUUUAGACUUGAAUUUUGCAAUUGCCAAGCUUUCAACCGAAAAGGGGAAUUGUCAGCUAAGAAAGUAUUUAAGACGCGCUGACAGUGGGAACUACACUAUUCAUUCAUACCAGGAUUCCUUCCAACUUGGUUCAACCUUCUCCAGCAACAAAUCACUACGAAAUAAUUUAGACCCAGCAUCUAGAAAGGAAUUGAUUGCGGAAUAUGAGGAGAAGAUUCAAUCUUUAAACUUUGAAAGAGAGCAGUGCCAGAAAACAAUUAACUCAAUGAAGGAUCUGGUGGAUUUUUACAUGUCAAAGGAGAAAUUCAUGGAAAAUGAGAGAGCAAAACUGGGAAUUAGAAAUUUGGAACAGAUAGCAGAGAAUGAGAACAUGAUGCGUGAGCUCCGCGUGAAAGGCCAAAAAAUCAAAGAGAUGCAGCAUUAUGACGCCAAACUAAAACAGCUUCUAGAUGAAGUGAGGGUUGACUUGGGUUCAAAAACUAAGACUCUGUCCGAGCUCAGUGAAGUAAAAAUUCGCUUGGAAAAGACCAUCAACGAACUGAGCGAAGAUUUAGAAUUACACAAGAAGGAUCUAGCAGAAAUGAAAACUAAGGAGGAGAACUCUCAGAGGGUCAUUGGUGAGUUGAGAUCUGAGCUGGAAAUACGGAAUUAUGAAUUUGAAGAAAUGAAGACUGAUAACGACAGAAUGAGGAAGAGCAUUAUGACCCACGAGCAGAAAAUCUCCAAAUACAGGCAACUGGCUCAAGAUAACAAACUGGAAAUGGCAGAGUUGAAGGAGGCGCUGGCCAAACAAGAUGAAACACUUAAGGCGUUUAAGGAGAGCAACAAAGAGAUGUUGGUGGAAUUGGAAGAGCUGAAGAGGUUCAAAGAAAACAUCCUUAAUAUCACAUCUAAAUCUAAGUGAAAUAAAGCUGAAAAAGGAUGAAAUACUCAUAUCAUGUAUUACUCUUGUUCUAACUGAUUUUGUGGCCGUUUGCCGUCUUCCUCACACUGCGACCAUAAAAUCUGUCCUAUCUCUGUUGUAAAUUUUUACUUAAUUAAAGAAGAGCUAAAUUUUUUAAGACAAAA